GAAACUGAAACGAUAGCUUAUCAACUCCACAGCGACAUAAAAAACAUUAAAAUAGAAGUAAAUUUUUGUUGAAUUGUUGAAAGUUAUUGAAUGUGAACGCAAUAAUAUUACAAAACAUUUAAUCCGACUGCAGCAAAGUAUAUAGAUUGACUUUUAAUUGUCGUUUAAAUAUAUAUACACCCCCACCUCCGCUACGGCCUCGGUCAAAGAGCAGUGUAAAUAAUUUUGUAUUAUUACGAAACUUGUGUGUACAAAUGCAAAUGCUUUUAAGGUACAGCUAAAGUCUAGAUACCACUCUGGCUGCACAUCCAUCAGCAUGGCCAUGCAUUCAUAUAUGCGGGCCAACCCGAACCAAACCCAAACAAACAGUGUCAAUGUGAAUUUGAGUCCCGACGAGGUGAACAACUUCCUAAAGGACAAGCAGGCAUGGGAACAUGCAAUAUCGCUCUACCAGGGCCCUGAUCCACUGGAUCACUGGUACAACUACAUCUGCUGGUAUGAAAACCAUGCGCACAGCGACCCAGAUCGCAAAUUUCGCGAAACGCUCGAGCGCUGUCUCACAGUCUACGAGCACGACGAUUACUACAGGCAGGACGUGCGGCUAGUGCGCCUGUGGCUUAAAUACAUUGCCAUGCAGACUGACCAGUUGCGAUUCUAUCAGGUGCUCUUCCAGCGCGGCACUGGACGCCAGGUGGCUGCAUUUUACAUAGGCUGGGCCAGUUACUACGAGGCGCACGAACAGUUUAAGGACGCCGAGGCAGUAUUCAAUCUGGCUUUUCAAGAGAAAGCCCAUAGCAGUGAUGAGCUUCAAAGUGCCCAUGCCAAGUUUACCUAUAGCCGCUCAAUGUUUUACCAGCAGCAGCAGCAACAGCAACAAGUGCAGCAACUGCAGCAGCAGCACCAACAACAACACCAGCACCAGGCGCCGCCUCCCCAUGACGCACUGCAGCAGCUAACAGCAUACACACAAAGUCAUCACCAGCAACAGGAGCAUCAACACCAGCAUCAGCAGCCAGUCUAUCCACAUCCUGCGCCAGCCACAGCAUUAAGAGCCCAUCAUUUACAUCAGGAGAACUUUCAUCAAUAUCAGCAGCAUCCCCAGGAGCUAGCCUAUCUGCCCCAUAUACAUGGCCAACAGCCACAGCAGCAACAACAGCCACCGCCUCCAACUCACUACCAGCAACAGGAACAGCCGCCUCCUGCGGUGGCAGCACGCUUUGAGCAGCAGUUUCAUCAGCCCGCACUUGCUGCUGCACCCAAUCAAACGGUGGCACAUCCACACUACUCACCCAUCUUGCACCAAAAUAGACCCGCCACAAACACAAACACAUGCUAUGAAGCACAAGCACAAGUACAGGGACAGCUUGAGCAGGUGGCGUUGCCUGCCACCUCCAACGAGGCAUAUCCACAGCAACAGGCACAGCCUGCGGAUUCUCUGACGGAAGUGGGCGGCGUGCGUUUGCCGCGCAAUUUUCAUGCUUAUGGGCGCAACAAUCACGAGACCUGGAAGCCGGCACUGACUCUAGAGGAGCCAGACGAUCCCUCGCGCGUCUGUCACUAUGCCAAGCAGCUGGUUUAUCCGGCCGGAGCAGGCAUCGAAUAUAGUCCGGAAGAGCUGCUGGCCCGCAAGUAUAUCGAGCUGCUGGAGCAGCGCAAGCAACUGGCGCAAGCGCAAGCGCCGCUACAGUCGCUAAAUGUCAAAGUACAAGAGCCUGCAGAGCAUGACCAGCAACUAAAGAAGGAACCUACCUAUCCGGCUGGACAGGCUGGACAACAGCAACAGCAGCAACUAUACGAUUCCUAUCAGACAGAGAGAUCCUACUAUAUGUCGGAGGUGAAUGGCGAACUCUAUGCGCAGCACACUGAAGGAGCAGAGGAAGUAAAUUCUGAGCCCGAUGAGGACGACGAAGGUGAAGAGCAAUCAGAGGAGGAGUCGGACGAGGAGGGCUCCGAUCAGCAGGACCAUGAUGCAGAGCCCGUCAACCAGGAAUACAGCAAUGGCGUCGAUGGCAACAUGCAUUUCAGUGCCAAGACAACGUUCGAGGAGCAGAAUCGCUCCAUCAAGAUUAAGUUCAAGAAGGAACGCACGCUGGAGAGUAGCACAUACAGUGCUUAUAAAAUCGAGAGCAUUUACCAUCAGCAGCAGGAGCUGCCUUCGCCGGCGCCCGAGCCUGUAGCAGUGCCUGCGCCGGCUCCUGCUGUCACGCCCAUACAGAAGCUUGCCGCUUCGCCCAAAAUUGUGCAGGACUGGAGUGGAGCGACUGCAGUGCCGCGCCAACGCAACGGCAACCAUCAUUUCCAUCCGUAUAUGCUGGGUCAGACCUCGACGCCAAAGAGCACAGCGAACGAGAGUCGACGUGCUCGUUCCAAGGCGAAACAGAGCAAGUUUCAGCGGGAGCUGUGCAGCAACAGCAACUCGUCCUGCUCAGUGCCCGAUCAGGUGGCGAAUGGCGUGGACACUGGUCCAGGCCAUGCGGACUCAGAGGCUGCUGCGGCGCCCAUACACAACGCUACCUUCAAUGACAACGCCAACUUCUCGUUCUCCAGCGCCGGGGGCCAUGACAAUUCGAACAACUCGCUGGCUUUAGCCGUGGAUGGACUGCAUGUGCGUGAUGCCUCCCACUUGGCUUGCGGUGGCAACAACAAGUCCCAGCAUGCCACCAACAACAAUAACAACAACAACAACAUGACGACRACACAAACCGCCACAAGCAACGCGGACUUUUCCACAUUUCAGGAGAACUCGUAUUUCGCCACGCAGCACGACUCGGAGGCACAGGAGCGUCGUCUGUCCAAGGCCCUGGAGACAAUCGACCGUCAUAUGGAAAAGGUGGCCAUCGAUCCGUUUAACAGCGAAUUGUGUCGCGCAUUCUUGACCAAACUGAAUUUCCCGGGAGACAACGAUGAGCACGCCAGCUACAAAGUGGUGCAGACGCUACUGCCAAAAAUCUCCAAUACGCGCACCCUCAACGUGUUGGACAGUGUGCAGUUCAAUAUCGACAAGGAGGUGGGUCGCGGCUCCUACGGAUCUGUCUACAAGGCAACCGACACGCGCUCCGGCAACCUGGUGGCACUCAAGUACCAGAAGCCCCCAAAUUCUUGGGAGAUCUACAUAUGUGAUCAGGUGCUCCGCCGCAUUCGGGAUCCGCAGGUGCUGCCCGGACUGAUGGACAUAUCAACGGCGAUCAUAGCGCCGAAUGCGAGUCUAAUUGCCACCGAGUUCUCGCCCUUCGGUUCGCUGCUGGACAUCAAUAACAAGAUACGUCAGGCCACCACGAAGGUGAUGCACGAGUCCCUCGUCAUGCACUUCUCGGCACAGAUCUGCAACAUUGUGGAUCACCUGCACAAACAGCACAUCAUCCAUGCGGACAUCAAACCGGAUAACUUUCUGCUGAUGCGUGUGCCGAAUGUGGACAGUCCGGAGCCUUCGUUGCGACUGAUUGAUUUCGGUUGCGCCAUCGAUCUGUCGCUCUUUCCCGACGGCGAGCGCACCAAGUUCCGCAAGGUGGUGCAAACGGACGGCUUCACGUGCAUCGAAAUGCAGGAGGGGCGCUCGUGGUCCUUUGAAACGGAUCUGUUCUGCAUUGCCAGCACAGUGCACGUAAUGCUCUUCGGGGAGUACAUGCAGCCGGAGAAGCGCACGGCCGGCUGGGAGAUACGGCAAAAGGUGCCACGAUAUCUAAAGAAGCACGUCUGGUCCAAGUUCUUCAGCGAUCUGCUCAAUAUGCAGGCCGAUAAGCUGCCCCAGCUGCAGCAGAUGCGCGAUAUCUUUGAAAAGGAAUGCCGCCUCAUGGACUCUGAGCUACAGAAACAAAUACGCACACUCUCUAACAUUCUGCAUCGGCGAUAACCAAUGAGAGCUUUCUCCUCAUCCAUAUUACAAUCAUUUCAAUCGUUGUGCACUCGAGCUAAUUUCGUUUUUAUUUUUAUUUUUUGUUUUUUAUUU